AUGAAAGCAUAUGGAAGAGUUGUACAGGAGUACGAAAGAGCCGUGAUAUUUCGCUUAGGUCGUUUAAUGCCGGGCGGUGCGAAAGGACCUGUUCCAUGCAUAGAUACAUAUCGUAAAGUUGAUUUGCGUGUUAUUUCGUUCGAAGUGCCUCCCCAAGAAAUUCUUUCCAAAGAUUCGGUAACGGUAGCUGUUGACGCCGUAGUUUAUUUUCGCAUAUCAAAUGCUACCAUAUCUGUUACCAAUGUUGAGGAUGCUGCAAGGUCCACAAAAUUAUUGGCUCAAACAACUUUGAGGAAUAUUCUUGGAACAAAAACACUGGCUGAGAUGCUCUCCGAUCGAGAAGCCAUCUCAUUACAAAUGCAGGUGGGUGCUUUUCCUUAUGAGCAAAGCUAUUAA